AUGGCGUUCGUGCAGUUACGGAGGUUUCGCCAUAAGAAAACGUCGCCGCCGAUGCGAGACGAUGCCAACCCGCGCCGCACGCCGCUUCCGUCGCUGCGGACCAUGUACCAGCGCCUACACACCAUGUCGCCGUUCGUGCGGAGCAAGAGCAACAAGAACAUCGUGGUGAACCCGACCAUCGUCGACCUCGUGGCCGAUCCGCUGGCCAAAGUUGGCGACAAAUUGCAUCACGUCGCGCCCGGCACGUACGAAGACGUCGUCGAGCGAUUCCAGGCCGCGCGCCGCGACGUGCUCGAGGGCCACAAGAACGUUGCGAUCGAAGAGAGUGUGCCCCACGUCGGCCUUGUCAAGGAUUUGCUCCCGUCGAUGGGGCAAGCGCCAACGACCGCCACGACCACGUGGACGUUGAAUGACAUUCUGAACGAGAUCCAAGUCGAGAAGAAGCUUCUGCAGCAGAACAAGCACGUGCUAUGGGCGCAAGCCGAGCAGCAGGUGCAGAGCGUCGUCGCUUCCGCGGGACAGCCGCCGCAACUCGACGCAUGCGAGGCUGCACUGGAAGGCGCGGGGGUCGGCGCCGACCUCAUCGCCGCCAUUGUCAAAAACAGUGUAACGUUUGCUCAGGUGCCUGCGGUCCAUCAAUUGCUGUCGGCCCAUCCAGAGAUCGAAGCCGUGAUCCAGACGGUGCAAAGGCACUACGUCGCGGCGGCGGAUGGACAGCGUGCCGACCGGAACAUGGUUCGCCUCGAGGCCGGGAAGGAGCACAACGACCUCGGACGACGUCCCAUCACACCGGACAACGUACCGGUGGCCGCGACCAGUCGGUUGUACGACGUGCCGCUGUCCUUGUUCAAGGGCCUUACGCGGACGUCGCCGCGGCGUUCCGGCGACAAGCAGCGCGACCUCCUCGACAUGCUGACGGCGCUCGCGAACCAAGUCGUCGAUGAAAAAGUCGACGAGAUCAAGCUGAGCCUGGUCGAAGCGAGCAAUGCAAGCCACGCAUUGUACACCGCCAUCACGUUCAUCGUGCUGUCUGCCAUGUUUGGCGCGCUCAGCCUCUUUUUGCUGUCCCUCUGGUUCACGCAAUUCCUCAACGUGUACCUGUCCCUGUCGUACCUCGUCGCGCUCAUCACCGCGUCGGGGUCGGCCAUCUUCCUUGGCGUGCUGUUUGCGUAUGUCGGGUUACGGAUCGUCAAAAACACGAUGAAGUCGCUCCAGACGAUCCUGUUGAGCCCGCAGCCCGCUCGGUCAUCACACGCGCGACGUCCGCCGUCGGAGGCGAUGGCCGCCUCCGAUUCCGCGGCACCGCGAGGCACCCGCUCCUUCGCGGUGCGCCGACCCAUGGACAAGCUGACGUCGUUGCUGGCAAAGAAAGGCCGGUCGCCCGUUCGUGCGCCAGUCGUGACGAACAAUGAGGUCGCGGCAAGCAUGCCGACUCUCCCAGAAACGGUACGCCAUCACGUGCACGCGUCCGAUGACGUCACGAUCGCCGAGAUGCAUCAUCGCCCGUGCCGCCGCAUGGACCAAAUUCCCGAAGAAAAAUCCCAUGGCGAGUGCGACGCAACUUGGCACGAAACGAGUUGCCCACCACCGCCCAUCAACGAACGUGCGGAGGCGCAUGCGGCCACCUGCCGCGCCGCACCUGUCGUCCUCCAGGUUCGGCGCUCCUCCGGCCAUCCCUCGUUGUUGAUCUCGGUGGAGAACCGCGUGGCGGAAGCCUCUGUCGACGUCCGCCAAGUCGACGUUGAAGUGCUCGGCAACGCAACGUCCGGAGCGGCGCCGGACGCACGAAAGCAGCACGGCACCACCAUUUCGACGCAAUGUCCAUCCCGUCGUCGUCAUGGUCCGAUGGUUCGUCCAGCGAAACGCCGCCACAGACGUUGCGAUCGCAGCCGAUGCAGCGCGUUCUCCCACCGCUGUCGAGCAUGGCGGGCCUCGAGACAAAGGAAAAACGUUGCGUGCGAUGGCUGGAAACGAUUGACGUGGAGCGAGCAUUCGUUCGCACGACGGCAUUUCCCACCGUGGCGCAACGCCGCCGUCGUCACAACCCACUCGCGCCAUGACUGUGUGACGACCGUCGGUGAAAAGGCAUCCAUGUCCAAGGCGGCUGCAGCACGCAGGUGGCAGGGGCGGCUAACGGGCGUCCCGAGUGCGACGGCGGCGCCAACAAGCCAACCUGGGCCACAUCUGGCGGCACGGACCGCCGCGAUUGCAUUCGUGCGCCGGAUCAUGGACCAAGCCGUUGCAACAGGUCCGCUCCCUCGAUGCACCCACGACGCUGCUGGCAAAACAGCGACCAUGCAAGACUCGAACGAUGCGCAUGCGACGUAG